AUGGCGUCUCCGGGAGCGCUGGAGCCGGCGGCAAGCAGCGUGCCAGGCACCAAGGUGGAGCUCACCGUGUCCUGCCGGAACCUGCUGGACAUGGACACCUUCUCUAAGUCUGACCCAGUGGUGGUCCUCUUUGUGCAGAGCUCAGGGAGCAGCGAGUGGAAGGAGUAUGGGCGCACUGAGGUGAUUGACAACACCCUGAACCCUGACUUUGUCCGCAAGUUUGUCCUCGACUACUAUUUUGAGGAGAAGCAAAACCUCCGCUUUGAUGUCUACAAUGUGGACUCCAAGAGCUGCUCCAUUUUAAAGCAGAAGGACUUCCUGGGCCAAGCAUUUGUGGCGCUGGGGGAGGUGAUCGGGUCCCAGCGGGGCCGCCUGGAGAGAGCCCUCACGGGGGUCCCAGGGAAGCGGUGUGGGACCAUCCUGCUUCUGGCUGAGGAGCUGAGCAACUGCCGGGACAUCGUCACGAUGCAGCUAUGUGCCAACAAGCUGGACAAGAAGGACUUCUUUGGGAAAUCCGACCCCUUCCUUGUCUUCUACCGCAGCAACGAGGACGGCACCUUCACUAUCUGCCAUAAGACAGAGGUGGUCAAGAACACACUCAAUCCGGUGUGGCAGCCCUUCACCAUCCCCGUGCGUGCCCUCUGCAAUGGUGACUACGACCGGACAGUGAAGAUAGAUGUGUACGACUGGGAUCGGGAUGGGAGCCAUGACUUCAUCGGGGAGUUUGCCACCAGCUACAGGGAGCUCUCCCGUGCACAGAGCCAGUUCACGGUGUAUGAGGUGCUGAACCCCAGGAAGAAAUGCAAGAAGAAGAAAUACGUAAACUCUGGCACUGUGACACUGCUCUCCUUCUCCGUUGAGUCCGAGUUCACCUUUGUUGACUACAUUCGGGGCGGGACGCAGCUGAAUUUCACCGUCGCCAUCGACUUCACGGCCUCCAAUGGGAUGCCGUCGCAGCCCACCUCGCUGCACUACGCCAGCCCCUACCAGCUGAGUGCCUACGCCCUGGCACUGAAGGCCGUGGGGGAGGUCAUCCAGGACUACGACAGUGACAAACUCUUCCCUGCCUAUGGCUUUGGUGCCAAACUCCCACCCGACGGCAAGAUCUCCCACCAGUUCCCCCUGAACAACAACGUGGACAACCCCAGCUGUGCUGGCAUUGAGGGCGUGCUGGAGUGCUACCUCCAGAGCCUGCGCACUGUCCAGCUCUAUGGUCCCACCAACUUCGCCCCCGUCAUCAACCAGGUGGCUCGAGCGGCUGCACAGGUGACUGAUGGCUCACAGUACCACGUUCUCCUCAUCAUCACGGAUGGUGUCAUCUCUGACAUGCUGCAGACCAAAGAAGCCAUCGUCACUGCUUCCUCCUUGCCCAUGUCCAUCAUCAUUGUGGGAGUGGGUCCUGCUGAGUUUGAGGCCAUGGAGGAGCUGGAUGGUGAUGAGGUACGAGUGUCUUCCCGGGGACGCUAUGCUGAGAGGGACAUUGUGCAGUUUGUGCCAUUUCGGGAUUAUGUGGAUGACUCAGGAAAUCAGGUGCUGAGCAUGGCCCGCCUGGCCAAGGAUGUGCUGGCUGAGAUCCCUGAACAGCUACUCUCCUACAUGAAGACCCACGACAUCAAGCCUCGCCGUGCAGAACCCCAGUAG